AUGAGUGCAAACGAGUCCAAGAAUCAAGCCAGUGGCACGACACUAUCUAGUCACUCCAGGCCAAACCAUCGGAAGGUCAUUGAGGAGUUUCUUGACGUUGUGCGAAAGCAACAAGCCAUCAUGGAACAUCUUUCCAGAGACCUGACCUUUACCCGCUCCCAAUUCGAGACAAGCUUAGAAUACGAUAAUGGCAAUGGAAACUAUCUAGCUGACGUGGGAGAUGAAACAAUCGACUACAAGGCUGGAGGUAUGGAUGUUGGAAACGGGAUAAUCAGUGCAGACACAGCAAGAGAUUAUAUGGGAUACAAGGUUGCUAUGGAUAACUAUGAAGCAGGACUUAAGAAGACGAAGGACCAACUUGAAAAGAUAUGGGAUGCGGUCCGUAUGGUCCAACGUGAUGAUGAGUUUAUUCAGAAAAGUUCAUUGACGCUCCCUGACUGGCUUGCAGAUGGUUUAGAGAAGGGUCGAAAGGCUGCGGCACAAGAGUAA